AUGAAAUUGUCAUUAUCUUUUAGCCUUCUUCGCUUGCUUCCUCUACUACAAGUGGCCGCCCAAGGUCAGGCUCAGGAGGACUUUGUCUACUCGGCGGGAGGCGUCCAUUGUGUCGAGGCUGGUGGAGUCACCAUCUCAUUGGCUGUGGCAAUUUCACUGUUCGCGUCGGCGUCUGGAAAUGUAGCCAUGGCCAUUGGAUUCAACUCCACAGCCGCCAGCAACAGCAGUUUUGCGGCUGGUGUCAACAGCCGCACCGUUUCGGAUCCAUUGGUGCCAGGAGGGUCCAGUGGUGGAGGUGCAGUGAGCAUGGGCAUUGAUUGUGCUUCGACCGGUGAUUGGGCAAUGAGUCUGGGCUCUGGAAGUGAGGCUGUGGGUUAUGCCAGCGCAGCCAUUGGAGAGCAUGCGGUUGCCCAUACUUGGGGGGAGGUCAGCCUUGGAUUGUACACAGAAAUUCCAGAACUAAGUCUCGAUGAACAGAGAAGUCAAGCUGUCAUCCCAACCUUUCGUGAAGAAGAUGUCGCUCUUCGUGUCGGGGUUGGAUGCGCCAAGAAAGAACAUGUAGGUGGCGUCGGUUGCGAAGAAGAAAAGCGACAUGAUGCAAUGCGUGUCUACAAGUCAGGGCGUCUCUAUUUGAAGAAGCUAGAUGGAAGUGUCAUUGAGGACGUGGCAGACGCGAUUUCUACAUUGAAGGCGGAGAUGCAGUCGCUGAAGGAGGCGCUGGCUGCAAUGAACGGAGGAGGAUCUGGAUCGGGUGGGGCCAGCCGUCGCCUCACCGAAAGCACGUCGACAAUGGAUGCCUUGUUCUACAUGGUAGUCGGAGGGCUAACGGCACUUGUCACAUCCAGGAUGCUUGGUUCGAUUUUUAAAUGGAAGGCAUUGGUGGUCGGUUCGAUCUGA